ACACCGCCUCGCUCGGUGCCUUGAAGUCCGUGUCUCACUCUUAUCUUGAUAUCCUUAUACCAUCAUGAAGGCGCUCAACGGUUUACCUCUCGACGACGAUAUCGUCGACCGUAUUCUCAUAUUCUCACCCGACUUUACCUCACUGAAAAAUACCAUUUUGACGGCCAAGGCAUUCCACAGCGUCUUCAAACUUCACCCCAAGUCAAUCAUACGAGCCGUAGCGUAUAAUGUGGUUGGACCAGCCUUGCCCCAAGCCCUGAGAGCUAUUCGAUAUCGUAUCCCAGCACAAGAUGAUGCAGAUGAACAACCAGAGGGUGAAUUUGAUGACUCAUGGGAGGCGGAGAUAGGAGAGCACGGGUCUAUCUUGCCUGUGGAAGUCGUCCAACUCGUUGAGAAUGCGAGAGCGUUCAGGAGCUUGGAGGAAGUUUUUAGCCUGAGACACAAGGAUAGAAGGUAUAACGCUUCUAGCCAGCUGUCAUUUAUAGAGUCGUGGCGAUUUCAAAGAACAAUGUACAGGAUAAUGCUAUACUCUCGCAUCUUUGAUGGUCCCAGAUACGUUGAAAUGAUUGAGGAGUUUGAUGAUGAGGAUGAAGAUGGAGAGAACAAAGACUUGGUAGACCGACUGGCUAAGGAGCGGCGAAGAAGAAGAAAGUUCCUAGAUGAUUUUUCUGACGAACAGCUCCUCCAAGUUCACAGUGUUUCGCGUUUUCUGAGAGAAGUCUUCCUUUGGGCAGGACACCAUGACUUUGCCGAUCAGGAAAUUCUUGGUGAUUCCGCACUCUCAGUCGGACCUACUGCUAUCUAUGAAUGUUUCGAAAGCAAGUGCAGGGGACCGGUAGAGGACGCUCUCGAGUAUUGGGACAUUCACGACGGAGGCAAUGCUUUGGUCUUCAUUUCAGGCUAUCUCUCAUAUCCUUUGACCCAAAUAUUCGAAGAACGCAAGCUCAAACUACCACUCGAAGACUCUUCGCAUUGGAAGUCGAUACUGGACAGCGUGGAAGGAGAGAUGGAUACAUGUGCUCGCUGCAAUGUAGUGAAAGGGUUUGAUUUGUUGGGCCCGUCAACAUUCGAUUAUUUGUCCGCUAAGCAUCCGGAUUUUGCGUUUAUGAGACUUCCGCUGCUGAUGAAAGGUCACCUUGGCUUCAGUCAAGUCGAGCGGCCUUACUUCGACUCUUUAAUACGCACGAUACCAUCCAACGGGACUCUUUACGAAUACGUUAUUCAAGCUAUCCUGGGUAGCAACUAUAAGCAGCCAGAGUUUGCAGACUUGAAGCCUGAUGAUUGGCUCUGUAUGGAUUGCGUGAAGAAGGUGCUUGAAGAAAAUCUCCACUUGUGGCUACUAGAUAAGAGGAUACAAGCAGGAGACAACGUCCCUACGGAAGAUUGCUGGUAUGGUUGGAACUGCCGCACACAGACGCACAAACAAUCACAUGCUGCGAGAUUGAAUCAUAUAUGUCCGCAAACGAAAUCCUAGUUAGACGGAGGGCUGGUUGUUAAUGAAAGCUCGUACUCCAUGUAUGCCGGCGUGGAGUCGGUAGCCGGGACGUACCAUUUACUCAUGCGAUAUCUGCGAUAUCAGACGUGUAUCUUACGGUAUUUAUCGAAUCGAACUUGUCACCUAC